UGAAAUAUGAUAAGAGCGAAAAAAUUCCGAUAAGACAGAAAACAAGGAACCCAAAAAUCACAUUUUUAUAAACUUCGACGCGCAUGAUGCGGUUAGUCCAUUGACAAGAGGUGCAAAGAUUGAUCAGUUUCAGCCAGUCGACCGUGACCCAUAAAGUCUAAAUUGUGACCGGUUUCCGCUGCUCGAGCUGUGAGGGGGGGAAUGCAGACCGCUGAGCUCAAUUCAGCUUCUUUUCAGUCUUUUGGGGUAGCUUAUGUGAACUAAUAUUGAAGAAAGUCAGGCCACUGGAUGAAAUCAUAUGUCGAAAAAAAUGUCUCGUUUUCUAAUUCGCUUCUCCUCUCUCGUUACCAACGGAGCGACUGUCAAAUCAAUUUUACCUCAGAAGAGAAUAUUUGUAGGGAUUCGGCUGGUGUCUACAUCAAUGGGUUUGCAGUCACUGACACGUUAUGACCAGUCCACAGAUUGGCAGAGGAAGCAGACUCCAGAACAGUAUGUUGUUACAAGAGAAAAAGGCACAGAGGUGCCAUUCAGUGGUAUCUACUUGAAUCACAAUGAGGUCGGGAUGUACCACUGUGUUUGCUGUGACUCCCCUCUUUUUAGCUCAGAAGCGAAAUAUGAUUCAGGAACUGGUUGGCCGUCCUUCUAUGAGGCUCACGGGAUAUGGGAAAAAGACGAGAGUCACGCCAACAUUGUCCGUCGUCCUGACAACUCACUUGGUAGCACAGGAACAGAGGUUAUCUGCAAGCAUUGUGAUGCCCAUCUUGGACACGUCUUUGAUGAUGGUCCAGAUCCGACUGGCCAGCGAUUCUGCAUCAACAGCGUUGCUCUAAACUUUAAGCCCAGAGAGAAAUAAUGUAGAGACAUCCAGCAAAAAACUCUGCAUUUACAGUUAUUCCAUGCAAAUAAAAAAACUAACAAAUAGCAUUUGAAUAACACGUCCACUGUGCUAUGCUUUGAGUUACAGUUUACAAUGUUUAUGGUGGGAAAAAAUGUUUGGAGAUUGUGUUUUAGGAAAAGUGCACUUUUAAAAAUUUGAAAAAAAAAUGGGUAAAGAGCAUUUUAAACUGCUAAAGAACUCUUUCCACUGUAAAGAGCCUGUUGGAAGGGAUGUUAAAGGAUCUUAUUGGAACCAGAUGGCAAUAAAAAAACGUUAUUUUUAAGAAUGUGGUCGAUUAAAUGUCCCACAAGAAGGUGUCGUUAAGUUCCUGUGCACUGCAAUGUUGCGUUAUGAUAUCUUGUAUUUUUUUUAAGUACAUUAAAAUCGGAUAAUGCACACACUUUAAAUAUAUAUAAAGAUUGUAAAUGACAUAUCAGGUUGUAUUAAAGUGAACAUUGUCAGAAAUGUGGGUUUGUGUGGGUUUGUCGAUGAAGUUAAUGAUAAACCUGAGUAGAGGGUCAUCAUCCUAAACUGUAUUUGGCAACGCUGGACAGUUGACUGGCUCUUAUUAGCAAACUUCUAACAGAGCUGUUGGGGAAGACUGGGGUAUAAAGCG